AGCCCCAUAUAUAUACACAGGUAAUAAGGCUUCCUUCUCCUUAACACAAGUACACAACUCCUAUCAAGCUGGACCUUGUUCAUCAAAGAUGUAAACCAUCUGAAACUGGAGCGUUAAUCCACAUCCACAAAGGGAAAGAAGAGCAGCCAGACUGGUUCCCCUUCUCAGUGACCACCGCUGAAACUGGAAUACAAGGUUGAAGGACUUGAAGCAAGCAAAGUUAGCAUGGUGACAGUGAGAGAGGAGAUGCGCAAGGGGCCAUGGACAGAGGAGGAGGACAUGCAACUGGUAUGUACUGUCCGCCUUCUCGGUGACCGCCGCUGGGACUCCAUUGCCCAGGUCUCAGGUUUGAGGGGUGGUUGUGGAACUACAGCAAAUUAGGUAGCUACUCUAUUUUAUAUAUUUGAAAUCCUUCAACAGAUUAAGCUAGCAAUCAAUUAAACAGCAACACGUAUACCAUGCAUGUGUCUGAACAAGAACAACCCUCUUCACACUUCACAAGUUCACAGUAGUUGCUUCACGCUCUCUGUGUAUGCUCAUGCUCAUACAGGCCUCAACCGGUCGGGCAAGAGCUGCCGCAUGCGGUGGGUGAACUACCUCCACCCUAGCCGCAAGCAUGGACGCUUGUCGCAGCAAGAGGAACGGCUUGUCAUCGAGCUCCAUUCUCGCUGGGGUAACAGUUGGUCUAGGAUAGCCCGGAGGCUGCCGGGCCGCACCGACAACGACAUCAAGAACUACUGGAAGACACGCAUGAGAAUGAAAGCGCAAGAGAGGGAGACGAGCAUGUCACCUUCGUCACUGACGACAUACACGUCCUGCCUCCUUGACAGUAAUUCUCCAGUCGAUGUGAUGAGCUGUGGUGACACUCACAAUAAUUUCAGUAGCUGCAUCAUAGGUAGUGCCCUUGAGAGCACACGGACUGUCGACGAUGGAUUCGUCAUGGAUCAGAUUUGGAGGGAGAUGGAGACACCACUGCAGGCGCCUGCCUUGCCGCAGGUCAUUCAUCAAGCAGACGAGAAAACAUGCAGCAGUAUUGUUCCCUUGUGCACUCCGGCAACAACAGCUGCCAUGUGGGAUGAUCAAUGCCCUGAGGUGUUCUGGAACAUGGAUGCUGAAGAAAUAAGGAUGUUGGCUCCACAAUUUGACUGCGCUGAAUCGUGAAUGAAUAAGUCUGCAACUCUACAUACCCCCGGCCCGUCCGUCAUUUAUUGAAGUUCUUAUAUUAUAGCACCCUGUUGAUUCCUCGAAAAAAAAGUGUAUGCAACUACGCUGUGCGAAAAACAGUGUGUCUGACUGUCAGUUUGUGGCAUAUAGUGUGCAAGAUGUAUUUGUCGUGAAUCUGUGGUUAUUUUCACCAUGAAGUAACACUAUAACAGCAUUAUAUAUUA